AUGGAUAACUUUGGAAGAAAAUGGUGUGACGAUUCAAGCCAGCACGGUGUGGGACGGCCUGUGUAUCUUUUAUACGAUAAACAUCUGUCAAGUUCCGUAAACCUUAUUGAUUUUCAAACGACAAAUCAAAUAUCUAUCCAAAUAUCUAAAUCAACUGGCAACUUGGAUACUACUCUUAGAGGGAGAAAAGGGACAAUCCUGGAAUCAUCCAAAAGCGGUAACGAUUUCUUGGAAAUAUAUACGUCAGAGACACCGUUUAAGAGUAAAGAAGAUUUCGUUUGGAGCAUCGUUUACAGGCAUCUCGAAAACCAAAGCAAAAUUAUUGAGGAUACGACAGGAAUUCGACUUGAAGAACAAGCACAUUUUGCUACGGGACGCGAAAGGAAAUUUGUUGAAGACCGAGGCGCACUAGAAUCACGCCAACUGCUCCAAAACGAACGCAUGGCUUGCCCUAUCACUGUGGAGGCAAGACCUCCCAAUGAGAAUGCGUACAAUUUACACGGAAACACGACAAAUAAUAUUGCCAUGCUUGAAUUGUCAACAGACAAUGCAAUAUAA